CAUCAGCCAAUCAAGCGGCGAAGAAGAAAUAAAAUGAAACCGAUCAAAAGCUCUCCCAGUGGUACUUCGCAAAUUCUCGUUUCGCAGCAGCCAGUUUAUAAAAAGUCGUUUUAAGAGCUCGACGUCACACGUUUAGCUCAGUAGUCGAAUGUCCAAGCCUCAAAGUGAUUGAACGCUCGGUGUUUCCGAUUCCCCGGUCCGCCGUGCCCACCUUCUCCGAUCCCUGGUUUUUCGUUCCUACCCUGAUCACCGCCAUGCGGGUGAAGGUGAAGCGGUGGAACGCCAUCGCCACUUGGUUUUGGGUGGCAAACGAUGAGAAUUGUGGCAUUUGCCGGACGGCGUUUAAUGGCUGCUGUCCAGACUGUAAAGUUCCUGGAGAUGACUGUCCAUUGGUUUGGGGCCAGUGCUCUCACUGUUUCCACAUGCAUUGUAUCCUGAAAUGGCUGAAUUCUCAGCAAGUACAGCAGCAUUGUCCGAUGUGUCGACAGGAGUGGAAGUUCAAGGAAUGACAAGAUGCUGAAGAAAUUGAGAGAGGAAUCUUGCAAGCUCAUUCAAACCUUGGUUCUCAGAAAAAGAGAAAAGCAAUCAUGAACUUCAGCAUGUUACCAGAAGAUUAAGGCAUACUUAAUAUGUAACAUAAUGUAAAUAUUAGUAAGUUGGAAGAACUAAUCUACAUUAUAGUUGGAAAGACAGAUGAGCAGCUGGAUGCCUGUUUUACAUGAGAAACCAAUGUGAUGUGUUGAUUACCAACUAUAACAAUUUAUGGGCAAUUGAUAAAGUAUUUUGUUUUAUAUAUGUUAUUGUUCUGUGCUUCUUACUUCUCAAAGUUAUGGCUGUAAUUUUAAAAAUAUCAAUUCCUAUAUAAGAAAGCAGGGAAACUGUCAGCUGCACCUUUGCCAAAAUAAUAUGCUGAGGGAGCAAUGUUUAAAAAUAUACAUUCCACAGUUAGCCAAUCUGAUUCUGGUUACAAGGAAUAGAAACAUUGAAAUAUAGAAAACCUACAGCACAAUACAGGCUCUUCGGCCCACAAUGCUGGGUCAAACAUGUACUUAAAUACAAUACACUGCUUUUAGAGUUGUCAUUCAGACCAUCAUCCCUAACUGCUGCAUUCUGAAACCCAGUCAUUUCAAAAUUUUCUUCCCUUUUCAAAAAUGGAUAAGGCUUCUUUCUGUGACAGUGCCUUUUGUGGCUUAACAAUUUCCUCUAUAAAUAACAGCUUAAAUGUAGCUCUGAAUCUGGAACCCCCUGCUAAAGUUAACGGCCAGUGACUUCCUCUUCCUGAUGCAUAGUUCUACCCUCCUGAACUAUUCAUUCAGUUGCCACAUGGAGCUUGUAUUCUGUUUGCAAAAAAAAAAGCUUCUGUGAAGUCCGCAAGUUCUUGAAUACAUAUACUUGCCCAUAUAGAGAGUUGCAAGGGGAAUCUUGAGUUGAUCAUCACCACUGUUCCCAUGCAUGGAAGUCAAUCAUUUAGCUUUCAAUUAUUGUGAAAUAAAGCAAAAGUUUUUGCUACCUUAUGAGUCACAUUAAUAUGAUAUAUUUGAAUCAAAUCAGAUAAUGUAUCAAAGGCACAAGAUUAUUUGGCACAGUGUUAGGUGUGCAGUAUUUAAUUUAUAUAAGUGAAACAUUUACAAUACAUUUCUGGCAGUAACUAGACAAUGGCUAGCAAUUGUUGCUCAAUGAACAUUUCAUGAGUGUUAGAAUUGCUUUCACAAAGUUCUAGAAGUUCAUGCAAAGCUGUCAAGUUAAAACAUCACAUAUUUACAACCUUUACUUGUAGUUUCAUACAAAAAGGAAACGGUUUUGUAUAGUAAUUUAAUUUGCGCAGUCAUGCAACAGUUCCAAAAAUAGCUAAUAUUUUCAAAUAGAUUGCAUGAGGAGGACAAUAUGUAAUAAUUACACAAAGUAUUAUGGGUGCUGGCCAAUAAGUUAUGAAGACAUAAUAAAAAUCAAGUCACAUUUUGCUAUCAAACAAAACCAGAUACAUGAGUUCGAUGGUGUUCCAUUGCAUUGAAAGGAGCCAACUUAUGUUUUAUAAGUGUGGCAUUUUAAACGACAUACUUAGAUAUCUCUCUUCCAGAGGUAUCAUAAGGUGCUUUACUAAAUAGAGAAGAAAGGAAAGGAACCCAAGCAGCAGGCUUGCAAUAAUAUCAGGUAAUAACUUUAAUCAUGGGCAUGUGGCAAUAUUGGAACUAUCCAUUCCAUUAUGAUCUGCCUUAUUUGUAUAAAGAAUAAAUUAUUUUAAGAUUUAUAGUCAAAAGCCUCAAGGAAAUUAAGACUGAAUGGAAAACAGUUUAUAUCACUAUAGAAAUAGAAGAUUGCACUUUUGUUUUCAACCCAAUGAGAGUUAACGUGUAACACACAUAAAAGUUGCUGGUGAACGCAGCAGGCCAGGCAGCAUCUCUAGGAAGAGGUGCA